AUGUCUUCCAUCGUCAACAAGGUCAAGGACGCUCUCCACCACGACAAGUCUCAGGAGACUAAGACUGGCACCCACGGCCCCCACGACAGCAAGGCUGCCAACGUCGCCGACCCCCGCGUCGACUCUGACCGUGACCACCGCGCCAACCCGGCUUCGGCCACUGGCGCCAACACCCACGCCACCAACCCUUCGAUGGCCGGCCACGGCAACGCCCACGGUGCCACCAGCACCACCGGCACCAGCGGUCUUGGCUCGACUGGUACCACCGGCACCGGCAUGACCGGCAGCCACGGCACCUCUGGCAUGACCAGCUCCAACAACUACGGCAGCUCCGGUCUUGGCUCCACCGGUACCUCCACCAACUCGGGCCCCCACGGCUCCAACAUGAUGAACAAGGCCGACCCCCGCGUCGACUCUGACCGUGACCACCGUGCUGCCCCCGGUGGCAUGACUGGCUCCAACAACUACGGCAGCUCGGGUCUUGGCUCCACCGGCACCACUGGUACCGGCAUGACCGGCUCCCAUGGCACUUCGGGCAUGACCAGCUCCCACACCUCGGGCAUGACUGGCUCCAACAACUACGGCAGCUCGGGCCUUGGCUCCACCGGCACCACUGGCACCGGAAUGACCGGCAGCCACGGUACCACCGGCGGCCUUGGCGGCACCGGCCCCGGCCCUGCUAACAACACUGCCGGCCCCCACAAGUCGGAUAUGAUGAACAAGGUCGACCCCCGCGUCGACAGCGACCUUGACGGCAGCAAGACUGUCGGCCAGGACAAGACUUACCAGAGGUCAUCUGCCACAACUGGCACUCACAUGUCAAAGGAUCCUACCGAUGCCGCACAGGUGCCUCCCUCUGUGAUGCGCAAGACCCUUGGCGACCCCGUUGUCGAGCAUGAUGACCACCUUCAUGCCCGCGACGAGCGUCACAGGCGGGCUAGCGCUCAGGAGGAUUUCCGUGGUGUCUAA